CGAGUUUGUUUUCGGUCCAGGGAUGUCACGGGCUCAGUCAUGGUGCAGGAGUUUUCUCAGUGGAGAAAUAAUGCAGGCAAUGUAAUGGACUUGAAAAGAAAGUUGAAAGGUGUCGUGCCUUGCUGUGGCGGUGACUGCCGUGAUGGCAUUGCCCUGUAAAUUGCUCCUUCUUGAUACCCUUCGACAACACCAUUUUUCGGGCAGUGCAACCACUUAGAUUUGUAGCAUCGCACUUGCCUCCUAUCAUCCAGGCAAACCGUCACAGGUACUCAGUAGCAGGUCACCAUCAUGCCGUACGAAAGGGAGAAGGUGAGCGCAGAGGGCCUGGGUCUUGCAUUGGUUGCAGUGAGCCUUGAUGAGGAGUACGAUGAGACGGAAAUACCGUCACCCAGCCAGUCGCGCUGCAGCGCCGAGCAGUUCAGAAGGAAACCCGCCGCAGAGCUACCAGGUGCUUUACCGGACGAUUUCACAGAUCAGUAUCGAUCAUGCAAGAAUGCCUGCAGAAAAGCGGUGCUUGAUGAAAAGCUAGAUGCCUAUCUCCGCCACGCAGAGCGCUGUAUGAAUCUGUGCAAUUGGCCGCACAUUCCGGCUGCGAAGCGUGAAGGCACACUAGACCGACUGUCUGGUUAUUGGCCAGAUCUGAUUGAGCUAUCCAAACUCAAUCGGACCAUUGAACAAGAAUGCCUGUGCACUCUCUUGACCUGUAUGCGACAUGCCGACAUGGACAAGGGAUAUCUUGGCAAUGAAAUCAAGUUGGUCAGGACAUGUGCAAUCUGGAUCCUGAGCCUGUCACCUCUGGCCUGGAAUGAGCAGCUACCACCGGUCACUGUCAAACUACGAACCAAGAUUAUUACUACUCUGUGCCGAAGACUGCUUUGUCGUCACCUCCUGGGACACUUUGAGGAGGAGCACUGCCACCAGCUCUUUGGCUGUUUCAGUGAGAUGAAAAAAGUUUUGGACGCACCAUUAUCCCAGGCUAACCUUCGACCAAUCACCCUGCGCUUGGCCAUGGGCCGUCUAGCGAAAACGCUCCAUGUAACAAUGAUGUACCAUGACAAACAAAUCAUUCCCUUGGAGCCAUUUCUCUACCACGUCGUCAAGUCCUGGACACUGCACACAGGCUCCUCACAGGAUACUGCUGUUGCUGCUGCAUUCAAUGCAGAAGUGAGAAAGGCAGUGUCCUGGUGCUUUAUCCUGUGUACUGAUGCCAGCACUAAGAAGGCAUGGCUGCAGGACCAUCUAGCCUUAGAAAUACUAUGUGAGCUGGCAACCGUGUCAACGAGUGCCAUGAAGGUCAUGCAGUUUGUCAUCGCCUCCUGCCUGCCGGACACCUCCGUCCGCAGAGAAUUGCAGGACAGUGAGCUGUGGCUCGGUGAGGAAAGUCUUUCCACUGACCCGUCAGUGUUCUACUGGAAAUGGCAACAUGCUGUCGGUUACGUUCAUGGCCUGCAGCAGAUCUGUGUCAUGACAGACUCACCGGAACGGCGUCUGCUAGCCUUUGCCGGCCGCUCGCCAGGCGUACGAGAACCGCUGGUGAGAACUGACAUCAGGAGAAGGCCCAGCAAGGACCAGACACAGGAUUACGGUGAUGGCAGCUUGGUCGGCUUGGCGAAGUGCUCGUCCGUUGGCACGAACCCGCACUUCGUCAAGCAGGCGCUUUGCGAGGCGUUUGAGGGGAUUGCUCUGUGCGCGCAGCAGGACAGUGCUACUGUUCCUGGCAGCCGCACGCAGAGAGUGGAGGGUCUGGCUUCAGCUGGUCCACUUCUGAAGCCCUGUCUAGAGCUUGUCAAGCAGCUUGGACCCGAGUACUCCAGAAGGAAUGCUGGCCUCCAUGCUGACAUCGCUGCGUCCCCGAAGCGUUUCCAUUUGACACGAGAUGUUGACUCCAGCGUUCUGCGAAUGAUAGCAGAUCACCUCACCAAGGCUGAGCUGCCGUCUCUUGUUCCCUGGGAUGUGCCACAAGCGGAGAAAACUGUGGCCCACCAUACGCCAAGGAGCAAAGAGCUAACGAGUCGUAAACAACCUGUUGGUUCUGCUAAGAUUGCUGAAGGGAAAGUAGGAAGAAAGCAGGCGGGCCAAGGACAUAAAGUGGCAUCACCAGCAGUUACACAACGUAAAGCAAACAAGGCAAAGAAUGUCGAAGCUGCAGCGGCAGCUGCUAAGCAACCCAACCGUCCCGGGACGAAACACUCCUAUGCCUACCCGACCGUGCCUCAAGGCAAGGCGAAAGUACACCGUGACUCAUGCUAUGAGCGCAAGCAGAAUGCAGGACUAGCCGCACUGGCGGAGCAGCAGUGGAAGGUGCGUCUUCCCGGCCUAGUCACCGAGAUUGACCUGGACCUGUGCGAUGGUGAAGUGACCUUGGCACCUCCACCCUCCAUCGAGUCGUCCAGCAGGACCAACACAUCAGCAGCUCUUUCUGACUUGAUUUCUAGCAGGACCACAACAUCAUCAGCUCUGUCUGAUUCUAUGUCUGGCAGAACCACAACAUCAUCAGCUCUGUGAGACCUGGGGUCUAGCAGAACCACGACAUCAUCAGCUCUGUGAGACCUGGGGUCUAGCAGAACCACAACAUCAUCAGCUCUGUGAGACUUGGGGUCUAGCAGAACCACGACGUCAUCAGCUCUGUGAGACCUGAGGUCUAACAGAACCACGACAUCAUCAGCUCUGUGAGACUUGGGGUCUAACAGAACCAUGACAUCAUCAGCUCUGUGAGACUUGGGGUCUAGCGGAACCAUGACAUCAUCAGCUCUGUGAGACUUGGGGUCUAGCAGAACCGAAACGUCAUCAGCUCUGUGAGACUUGGGGUCUAGCAGAACCACGACAUCAUCAGCUCUGUGAGACUUGGGGUCUAGCACAACCAUGACAUCAUCAGCUCUGUGAGACCUGGGGUCUAGCAGAACCACGACAUCAUCAGCUCUGUGAGACUUGGGGUCUAGCAGAACCACGACAUCAUCAGCUCUGUGAGACUCUAUGUCUAGCAGAAUCACAUCAUCAGGAGCUCUGUCUGACUUGGCGUCUAGCGGAAUCACAACAUCAGCUUCGUCGAGCAGGACCACAACAUCAGAUUCGUCGAGCUGGACCACAACAUCCGCAGCUCUGUCCGACUUGGUAUAGAGGAGUGGGACCGCAAGAUCACCAGCUCAGCCCGAGGAGGGCCACAUGAUUAGCAGCCAAGACUGACUGGGUGCCAGUCGAGCAGGACCACAAUAUCAGCUUCGUCGAGCAGGACUUCAAGAUCAUCAGCUCAGUCUCGCUUGGUGACGAGCAGGACUACACUGGUGUCUUGUGGUGUGUGCAAUGGCUGAGAGCAGCUCACCGCAUCUCUAGCUACACACUGCUUGCAGCAGUAAACGCAGAGCAUCUCUAACCAUUCACCGUGUAUAGUGGCAGGUACACACUGUGUUCUGGUGCAUCUGUAAUUGCACAGCGGCAGCUAGCUUGUCUUCUCGCAUGCUGUCUGCUGUAGAACAUUGAGAGGGUGUUGGGUACGCACGUCUGGAAUGCAAUGCUGAGUGACAUCAUCGGCAUAUAAGGCAGAGCGAAGACUCUACGCUGCAUAGCUGCAGUCAUAUUCCCGUAUAUCCGCAUUCCGCUGUGUCGUUGAGAUGUUCUUCAAGCAACAUGAUGUAUGAUGUAUGAUGUGUGAUGUGUCAUGUUUUCGCACUGCCACAGGGUACAUGUUAGUAAUCUCUCCAAUCACAGCAUUGCGUAUCUCCAAUAACAUGUAGGCAUUGGCCUUCUUUCAAUGUCAUAGUGUUUUCCAUGCGGCGUGUCUAGUAUUCUGUAGCCUGUGUAGUCUACGUUCUACGCUACCAGCACAGCGUGGCACAGCGUGGCACAUGUUUGUAUCUUAACUUACGGUAGUGUCUGGUGGCUGUCGCUUGACCGUUCUUGAAAAGUAGCAGGGCAUGCUUCAAUGGACUGCGCUGUGAUUCUUUGAUCAAUAAAUAUCAGAACUUGACCGGUUUUCGGUUUUCUCUGGUUUUCUCUGGUUUUCUCUUGUUUUCUCUUGUUUUCUCUGGUCGGUGGUAGUGCGAUGUGUAGCUACAUGUA